CAAGUCCCACAUAUCCCUAGAGGAUAAGAUGCCAUGGAGGCCACAGGAGGAACGGCGCUUUGUGUCUGCUCAUUUCUGUUCAUCCUAACAGAGGUCAGCUCGGAGUUUAUCCACAUCCCCUCAUUAGUCCACCAUGGUACUGAAGGGAAGCCCCUGCUCCUGCCUGUUGAGACUCACUUCCAGUUGGACGAGGUGGAGAUCCAGGGAACAUGGUCCCACACUACGACAAGUGGCACCAGGACCACGUUGGUGACGUUCACCAAAAAUGCCACAAUCACUGACAUGAUGUAUCGCAACCAUAUCCUCUUCAGAGAACCCAAUGUUUCUUUGUUAAUUCGGAAAUUAAACCAGGACGAUGAGGGGGAUUAUCACCUAAACCUCAACAUCCAGUUUCAUAACAAUAAAGGACUGGUUGUCAAAGAGGAGAAAACAGUGCGUGUGAUUGUGGAUGUCCCAGUGUCCAUUCCAGUCAUUGAGAAGUACCCAUCGUAUGCAGUUGUUGAGGACAAAGCGAACGUUACCUGGACUUGUUCUGUUGAGAGAGGAACAAGAGUUGUGUUUCAGUGGUUGAGGGACAAUGUCCCUCUGGGUCCCGGUGACAGAUACCACUUCUCCCACGACAACUCUACGCUGUUUAUCAAUCCUGUGAGAAAAGAGGACAAGGGAACUUAUCGGUGUAUUGCCAGCAACCCAAUCAGCAAGGGUCGGCAGAGCAGGAACAUGGAACUCAAUGUCUACUAUGGCCCCUACAACCUGGAGGUGAACUCGGGCCAGGGCCUGCGGACAGGGGAGGUGUUCACCAUCAACCCUGGAGAACUGGUCUUCUUCGAAUGCCAGGCUGAUUCCAACCCACCCAACAGCUACGUCUGGAUCUCCAAGAGCCGCAACACGACCCAGAUCAUCACAGAGGGCCCGCGGCUAGAGGUGCGCUCCUACAGACUGGCCCAGGCUGAGGAGUACAUGUGCCGCGCUUUCAACAACGCGACGCAGAAGCAGGAUGAGGCCGAGUUCACUCUGGUGGUGGCCAGCUUAGGAACAGGGAAAGAGAAGCACACCCAGGAGGGCGGCUCUGUAACCCCGCUGGCAGCCAUUACUGUCUGCUCUCUGUUCAUCAUCAGCUGUAUGCUGCUAUUCUUCCUCAAGAGAACCUGUCAUCCUAAGAGAGUGCUUAUGAACAUUUACAACAGGCCGCUUGCAGAGCAGAAACGACCACAUCGCUCAGGUCAUGAGGAUGCAUCAGAAGACUUUGGCAUCUACGAGUUUGUCUCCAUACCUGGGAAAAUGGAAUCUGCACAGGCAUCGUGCAGAUCUCUGGCUCGCUUCGAGUCGGUUCAGGAUAUGCACACCACCAUCUAUGAUGUGAUCAGACACGUACCUGAAACCCCCAGCCACAGUUUGCUCAAGUAACUUUGACCUCGAGGUUUGAGAUGUAACUUGCAGCUGUUUCACUUGAAGACUCUUGUGUAGCUUUAUUCUCUUCAGUCUCUGUUGUCAAAGCCCGAAGCUGACUUUUUUUUUUGCACAAGGGAUGGCAGAGACGUGUGUGAGCACACAACCUGGUCAUGCACUGUUAUUGUCCAGAGUUUAGGACAGAUGUUUUUGAAAUUAAGGUUUAUGUAUGGCUUGACAUUUGUAUGUGAAGGUCUAACUGAAGUUGAAACUGUGUUGUUUUUUUUGUUCUGUUCAAAAAUGAAGAUCAGUUGGAUGAUAUGAAACCACACAAAACAGUAACAGCUUUUCUUACAUUUAUUUGAAGAUCUUUUUGUCUUAAAGCAUAUCUACAAGUUACCUGCAAGACAAAUUACCAUUCCUACAUCUUAAUUACUAUUUUUAAAAAGCUGAAUUUAAAUAUUAAGGCUUUAGUUGCCAUCUCAGCGUAGAUGGAUUUGUAUAAUAUCAUUGGAAUUUGAGAUCCCUCCCCCAAAAGAGCCUGUUUUGUGAGCAGACAAGUGUUAUGAUGCAUUAUCCUUUAUGAAAUAUACUGUGUUUAGUUUAAAGUUUUGAUGAGCAUCAAGUGUAAAUAUUAUACAUGGAUUAUACUUCAGAUUCUUUAUACAUAUUAUUCUAUUUCUAUGUUUCACUCAAAUCUAUUUAUUCCUAUACAAACACUUAACCCUGUUUCCAGAAAUGUAGCAUUUUUUCUGCUCAACAUGGAUAUAAUGAAAUGCUGAAACAAAGAAGAUGAUUAAUGAUUCUUAAAUUAUUGUACAGUUUGC